ACUUAGCCGAAAAUAAUGUUUGUGUUUACACCCCGCUAUAGUUCAUGGUGCAUUCAGCGCUAUUUAGUUGCUUCUCCAGUACUUUUUCCUCUCCUCUUAUCUUAUUUUCCACUUCCAGAUGUGCAGAAGCUUUCACUUCACGAAUCCAGAACACACAGCAGAUCAUCCUCCGAAGCUUCCAGAGGAUUGAGCGACGAUUCUAUCCUAGGGGGAAAAAAUGAAAGUGGCCGGACAGAAUCGCCGGAUAACGAUUCGGCAUUCAGCGAUACGGUUUCGAUGCUUUCCAGCGAAUCGUCAGCGAGCAGCGGCGGAAGCGGCGCCAAACCUCAAACCCUCAACUUGCAGAAUAUUCACCAAGACGAUGCUUCCAGAAUAAAGGCGGAAAAGAUCCGAAUGGCAAUGGAAAAAAUCAAGGAAGCCAACAUUCAAAAGCUGUUCGUCAAAGUGUUUACUACUGAUGGAUGUGCCAAGUCACUCUUGGUGGAUGAGAAGAUGUUGUGCUCUUACGUGACACGACUUUUAGCUGAUAAGAACCAUGUGAAGAUGGACCCGAAGUGGGCCAUUGUUGAGCAUUUGCCUGAUUUAUACAUGGAACGGUUUUAUGAAGACCAUGAGCUGCUGGUGGACAAUCUCCUUCUGUGGACGCGGGAGUCAAAGAACAAAAUCUACUUUGUGGAACGCCAUGAUAAAAUCAAACUCUUUGUGCAGCCAGAGCAGUUUCUUCUUUCCAAAGACCUCAAAGAUUCCUCCGACUACGACGAGCAUUCCAGAAAUAUGCUGCUGGAGGAUUUCUUCGCCUCGACCAAUGGGAGCUUGCCAGAGGUUGAAGGCCCACUUUACUUGAAGGCGGAUUCGAAGAAGGGCUGGAAAAAGUACCACUUUGUGCUGCGCGCAUCCGGCCUCUACUACUUUCCGAAGGAGAAAAUCAAAAGCGCCAAAGACCUGGUGUGUUUGGCUACCUUCGACAACAACCAGGUGUACUAUGGGGUGGGAUGGAAGAAGAAGUUCAAGGCGCCAACUGACUGUUGCUUCGCCAUCAAACAUCCCCGUCUGCAGGAGCCAAAGUCGACCAAGUUCAUCAAGUACCUCUGCGCCGAAGAUCAGGCCACUCUGGAAAAAUGGAUUAUUGGAAUGCGGAUUGCUAAGUUUGGGAAGCAGCUGAUGUACAACUACAGGGCUUUAAUGGACGAAUUGGCGCAGGAGGAAAUGGAUAUUUUGGCAAAUGCUCGAAGCUGCUCGGUGCAGUCGAUCGCAGUGCAAAGCAUCCAGUCUAACAGCACAACUCCAACCCAAGGAUAUUCUGGAAGUGAAGCUGGUUAUGGGACAGCGUCUGGAAGUGAAAUUUACUCGGCAACUAGCGAAGCCAGUUCCAGUUCAGGCCGACACAGCAGAGCCAGCAGUUCCAGUUCGAGCGGCUGCAUGUCCGAUGGAGCCCCUUCCAGUUGCGAAAAUGCCUUCGACUCUGAAUUUCCAAUGGGCACAAUCAAACGAAAACCUUCAAUGAAGCCGAAUUUACCGCUAACGAAUAUGACGAGACAACUGAAGGAAGUUGGCGAAACGAGAGACGAAGUCGAUGGAACAUUGCCAAUCAGUCCAGUGUCUUAUACGAAUACCGGGACAUUGACAAGACGGCAUAGCAGGCGAAAAUCCAACAAUUCCAACGACGAUUCCUCCAACACUGGCACCCUGAAGCGACAGCACUCAUACAAAUCGCGAGGGUCUUUGGACUCGAUGGGCACCAGAAGCGGAAACUCGACGCCCCUUUGCGGAACGCCCGUGAGGGAGCGAGUGAGUCCGUUCGGCGAUAGAUCGAGCCCAUUUGGAGACCGGCCCCCCAGCGCCUCUUCGCUAAGAAGUCCGGCCACUUCGCCUACCAGCCCGGAGCUGUCUAGUAUGACGGAUUCCAUCAUAUCAUUGCCACCCCCUCCGGACUCAAACGGCGACACCAUCAACGAGCCCUUGAACUACCAACUACCUCCUCCGCCCCCUGAGGUCUACAAUUCGAAUUUGUCCCUGGACAGUUUACCGCCGCCCCCGAAUCUCAGCGACCUGCCCCCGAUGAGCGGCAGCGAGCUGACGGGGAGUCAGCUGAGUCUGAUGUCGCUGCCGCCGCCCCCAGGCGAAGACACUGGGACGAUGCGGCGAAGAGCCGGAGGAAGCGCAAGUUCUAGUGCUUCAGCUACGCCCACCAAUGUGCUGAGUCCUGAAAGAACCCCGAUCCAGGGGAUGUCCCCCGACCAAACCCCAACACAUUCGAGACUGAACACACCCUGCGUGAGCCCGCCCAAUUCCAACUGCAGUACCCCCACUCAAACCAGCCCGCCCAACGCCUUCAGCCCCACCCACAGGAACGGGGGCGCUUUUCCCCAAGGUAGCCCAAUCUAUGGCCAGAACCACGACAGAAACCUGCCCGCCUAUGGAACCGCCACUAAUGGGUUCCACCAGGCUCCUCCAUAUGUUAAUCCGCCUCAAUACAGACAAUCGAGCACGCUUCCUGGUGGUUCAGCGUUUUCCAAUAACAGCGGCUUAAGGUCGUCAAUGCGGCAGGUGUCGCUGCCCAGGCAGAUUUCCUCCAAUAGCAUAUCGAGCAGCAACAGCAGCGGAUCAUCGGGCAACACCAUUUACGGGAGUGUGUACGAAGUGCGAAAUUCGCCCAAGGCGCCAAAGAAAGUGGCAUUCCAGGAGCCGACCAGCCCGAAGAAGGGCAGUAAAAAGAUCAGCUUCAACUUGACGCCCCAAGAGGUGCCGCCCCUACCAAAAAAGCCCAAUCCGCCAAAGAGGUCGGAAAGCACCAAGCUCUCCAGCCCGAAGAAGCUGGUCGAGCCUCCAAAGGAGUUCCUAAAAGACCUGCAGAGGGUGAUGAGGAAAAAGUGGCAGGUCGCCCAGAAAUGCAAGCUGGAACCGGAAACCACGCCCCAUGAAGUGUUGGGGUUCCGGGACCCGCCCACUUUGCUGCCCGACUACAAGGAGCACAAUGUCUCCAACUGGGUCAAGGAGCACUACGGGCCGAAUAAUCUCUACGAAAACGUCUACAGGGAUAGUCCGGAUGGAGUAGUGGAGUACGUCUCCUCCCCGGUUCAUUUGAGGGGCGACAUCCGGAACUCUAAACGGCCCCCACCGCCGCCUCCAAAGCGGAGCGAAACCACCCACCUGUCGACCCCUAAAAUGCACUGAUGCUGUGUUUCAUAAUAUAGCUUUUGAACAAAUAUCUCAUAUCAAACCUAAAGCCUAUUGAUUUUCCUACUAAGGCUGUGCCAGAUCUUAACAACCAACAGGUUGACGGGGUAGAGGAACUAUUUGCGCACAACGUUGCACCAAGUGGAACGAACCAGUAAUUUAAUUUAGUGAGUAAAAAACUCUGCUUAAUCUUCUCAACUAUGUUCCUUCAUGAAUGAAAAAGUGAGUGUCGGUCGCCUUCCUCUACCUUUUCGGGGGCAACUAGAGACGUUGCGUAAAAUCUGGUCACACCUAGAAUGUUAUAUUUUUUGAACGAUUGUAACGUUUCCCAUUAGCGUGACCAAUGAAGCUUUUGAUAUCCCAUAUACUAAUUAAUGGACGUUUAGAAGCUGGCGAAAUAUACAUACAGAGUGUUGUUAGAUCUUGGGUGCAAACAUGAGAAAUUGGUGCUGGAAAUUACUUUUGUUGUCGACUAGUAAAUUGAAUAUUUUACCGUUACUUAAAGAAUAACUUAAUAGCCAGCGUUUUGAAGCCCACGUUUUAGUUGUUUAAUUGAUGUUUUUAAAUUAGGUAAUUCUAUAUAUUAAAAAAAAUGAAUUUUUUGGUUUUAACCCAAUCAGUCAUAAAUUUCCAUUAGAAAUCAGACAUUGGAAAGAGCAGAAGCAGGUAUAAAAACCAGUCAACAAUAGGACCAACAAUAACAGCAUUAUCAUACGAUAAAACGCGUAUGGUAGUCUGAUAUGGUUGGCUGCAAAUGGAAAUAGAUUCAAGUCUCAAUUCCCUGUAUAUAUAUUUAUCGGCAGAAUUGAAGCUUUAUGUGACUGCCCUUUGUUGUCUUUCCCUAUAACUAUCCAUUAUAUCCAUUACAUGCAUUACUAUACAAACAGUGCAUAUUACAAGUUGACACCGACACGUUGAACUGAUGCGAUUUGAGACAUUUUUUCGAAAGUUAUAUUUCAUUGCACAUUAAAAAGUACUGCCACUACCAGCAAUGAUAGACGAUUCUAGGCUAAGACUUUCUAACAAAUACUGCCUACGAUAAUUUUCAGGCAAAAUUGUGAUUUAUUAAGUAAAUUGUAGAGAAAGAAUGAUGUGCCAUUAUUACACGAGUGAUUUUGCUGACUUUCUAGUUACUUUCAAUGAUUCGAAAAAAAAACCAUUAUAGUUUUUUGUACAUACAUUAGUUUUCUAGCAGUCAGUGUUUCAUGAGAAAUGUCAAACAAUUUAUGGUGCUUCUAGGUAUAAAUUCUAGGGGUUAGACGUAGCGAAAUUUGUGUGUUUUUAUAAAUUUUAUAAACACUUUUUACAGUGAUUAGUUGAAUAACAUUUGUUUAUAAGGGUAUAUCAAAAUGGUAAGCUGUUUAACGUAAUUAGUAGAGAUGUGACUUUUUUGAUAUAUUCUUCUGCGCUGAGGUGUUACAGGGUUCAAACGACAACUUGAUUUAAAUUAAUUACCAUUUUGCGAAUCAUACUUCUUGUGUAAAUAGUUGUCUUCGGUUAAUCCGCGACGGUCGAUACGAACAUUCAUUAUUCCUAUAAACUAAUCGCAACAAACUGUACAUUUUAUUUAAGCGUAUUUGUAGGAUAUUUGUACGUUCAUUUGAAUGCAUAUAAAUAAUAUACUGGAGGAUCUCUACAAUGCCAUUGCGUAUACGUAGCAAGUUUAUUUAAACUUUUUAUUUUUUACUAACCCUUAUUGUAGACAUGUAUAAUAAUUAAAUUAUUUUAAAAAACUGCUAAAGUUUCAAAACGGAACCGGGGCGUUGUAGAUCGACAGGGUUUUGGUUGAUUCAUUGUUUUUCUUGUUCAGUUUUAUCCGAAACGGUUCGGCUUCAACUACGACGAGGUGCUUAUUUGUAAUAAACACUUUGUAUACACUGUCUACCAUUUAUAAUAUUGAUAUACUAACUGUUACAUAUAGUAUUAAAUUAUAAAUAAAUCAUAUUUAAAAUA